AUGGAACGAGCCGCGGCUGUGCUGCUGGGCACGGCGAUCAAGGUGCUGCUAUGGCCUGCCUACCGCUCGACUGACAUGGAGGUGCAUCGGAACUGGCUCGCGAUCACCUAUAGCCUGCCGCUGCGGGCAUGGUACGUCGACGCGACCUCGCCAUGGACCCUCGACUACCCACCGUUCUUUGCGUAUUUGUCGUGGCUCCUUGCACAGCCGGCGGCAUGGAUCGAUGCGCGUAUCGUGGACGUGCAGCGUGGUCUGAACUACGAUGCGUGGUCGUGCGUCGCGUACAUGCGAGCCACAGUGCUGUGCACGGAGGGCGUGCUGGUCUACGCCCUGUAUCUGCUGUCGCGAUGCACGAUGGGCGACGAGACGCAAAACGUAUUGCUCCUCAGCAUUCUGCUGCAUCCAGGUCUGCUCAUGGUCGACCACAUUCACUUCCAGUACAACGGUUUCCUAUUCGGCGUGCUCUUCCUAUCGCUGUGGGCCGCACGGACGCAUCGCCCCCUUCUCUGUGCCGCCCUGUUUGCCUCGCUGCUCCAGCUCAAGCACAUUUACAUAUACGUCGCGCCGGCGUACUUUGUGUACCUGCUGCGUGCGUACAUGCUCCCGAGCCUGCCGACGUCCGCGUCGGCGGUGAGCGCGGCGAUCGAUCGCACCAUCAAGCUUGGCGCUGCGACGCUCGUGCCCUUCCUGCUGAGCAUCCUGCCGUUCGUGCUCGAUGCCAUGCGCGACGUUUCGUACGAAACAAAUGUCCUGUAUGCCAUGUACACGCGCCUCUUUCCUUUCCACCGCGGCCUCAUGCACGCGUACUGGGCACCCAAUGUGUGGGCGCUGUACGCAGCCGCCGACCGCGUGCUGCUUCGACUCCAGCACCAGACUCUGGCUUCCACGUCGCGUGGCUUGGUCGGCGAUACGGUGAUGGGUGCUUUGCCGAACGUGCCGCCCUCGACGUGCUUUGCGUUGGCCCUCUCCUUGGCCCUCGUGUACGUUGUGCCGCUGUGGCGAAAGCCAUCGUAUACUCGCCUGGUCGUGUGCGUGACACUGUGCGGCAUGGCCUCGUUCGGCGUAGGAUGGCACGUACAUGAAAAAGCCAUCCUGCUGGCCGCGUUGCCCCUGGGCCUGGUGGCGCACCGCCGCUACGUCGACUGGCGCACCUUCCAGAUCCUGAGUGCGGUGUCGAUCGUGAGUCUCUUCCCGCUGCUGUACACACACCAAGAGACGCCGAUCAAACUCAUCUACUCGCUCCUCUGGUACGUCAUCGUGCAUCGCUCCGUGUCGCGCCGCGUCCUGCGUCCGAUGCCAUCCAACGUGAGCAUUUUAUUGCAUGCCCUCGAGACGAUCUACCUCUACGGUCUCGGCGUCCUGGCCGUGUGCACCAACGUGGCAUGGCCCCUGCUGAUGCACUUCGCCCCCACAGCAUCCCGGAUACCCUUUGCUCACAUGGAGUUCCUGCCCCUCUUGCUCACGAGCGUCUACUGCGCCAUCGGAUUCGUGCAUUGCUGGCUUCGACUCUCGGUGUCGUACCUCCUUGACUCACCAGCCAUGUAA